CUCAUCGCGUCCCGGACAGCCUGGUAUAAAUUCAUUUUGCGCGUUUCUCUGCCACCGAUGAUGUUCUGCAAAGGUCCAGAAUCAUCUUCGUCGGUCCACAUGAGCCCAGGGGUACGAAUUGCUAAAUCUCGCGUAGGCCGGAGCAGCGAGGAUGUGGCUAUUGAAGGUAGAUGCCCGCCAGCAGGAGGGGGUUCCACUGCAGCUUCAGUAGAGUAACGGCGACAGAAUUGUCUAUGUUGCAAUACACAGCGAGCUAAGGCAUUGACCCUGGAGUUGGUAAGCAUGAGAGAUGACGAGGGCGAGAAUGAAGAAGAUCCGGUAUCGUCAUCAGGCGUGAUAGCAAUUAGUAUUUGAUCGACUUUGGCCGGAGACUACCGUGUCCUCCAGCUUCUCGUCAUUGUCGUUGUCGAUGGAGAGCGAAUCGACCUUCGUCGCUCCCGAGGGUGUAUAUUCCAUCAUCGAGGAACACAAGCCUUUCUUCCUCACUCAUGUUAAUACCCCGUCUUCUCCUUUUCCCACGCGCGUAUCUACCAUUGUCGUCCGUUAUCCUCCUGCCAAGCAUAAUGGCAAUGGGCCCGGAUUUGCUCAGCUACUCAGUGUUGGGAACAAGGACAGGGACAUGAGGAACGUGAAGAACAAGGGCCGAGAGGACGGUCAUAGCCAAUCGAGUAGCGACACUGGGGACGACGAUGGAUCGCCUCCACCGGGAGGCGCCGACUUGUCAGUGAGCUCGACGAUACCUCACGAACACCAUGCCCUGUUCUCCCACUCUGGCCCAGCAAAGAAGAAGCACGUUGGGAGGCCAAAGCAUAAUGUCCGGACUACCUCCUCGACAUUUAUUACCCGUGCAGAGGUUCCCAAAGCGCUACAGGCAAAGCAGGGCGACACGGUAUUUCUCUUCUAUAAUACCGGAAAGAGCUUUCUGUGGGUGGAGACUGGAUCCAAGAGCAAGGAACCACUGGCGAGAGUAACGUUCUCCGCCUUUCCCACUUGUCAUGAUGUGAACACUUUGACAGCUUCUCCCGAGUGUCUCGACGUGAUUAUUGGCUUUAGCACCGGGGACCUCAUAUGGUUGGAUCCCAUUUCGUCCAGAUAUUCUCGUCUUAAUAAACAGGGUUGUAUAUCAAACUCCCCUUGUACCGCCGUCCGAUGGGUACCAUCUUCAUCUACGUUAUUCCUCGCAUCACAUGCAGAUGGCACAAUUGUCGUUUACGACAGGGAACGGGACGAUGGGACUUUCAAGCCCCAAGAGCCUAUAGCCCAGAGCGGUUCCUCGGGAUCGGGGUCACUCCCUUCGUCGGACGAUAGCACUUCUCAGAAAGAUUGGGAUCCUAUGGAUAACAUCUUUGUGACCAUCCCACCCUGGCAUCCAGUGACCGGGGGAGCCGGGUUGAAAAACGAGAGGGAGAGGGAGAAGGCAGUCAAGAACCCUGUGAGCCAUUGGAAGAUAUCCAAAAAGAGCGUCGUGGACUUUACUUUCUCUCCUGACGUCAAGUACGUGGGUGCCAUCUCAGAAGAUGGGUGUUUGAGGGUAAUCGACGCAUUGGCUGAACAACUAGUUGACUGUUAUGCGUCAUAUUUUGGUGCGCUAACAUGCGUUGCAUGGUCUCCAGACGGCAAGUUCAUUUUGACGGGGGGUCAAGAUGACCUGUUAACAAUAUUCUCACCUUGGGAACAACGUGUAAUCGCGCGAUGUCAAGGUCAUUCGUCAUUUGUAACCGCUGUUGCCUUCGACGAGCUGCGUUGUGACGGACGGACAUACCGGUUCGGCAGUGUGGGCGAAGACAACAAACUCAUCUUGUGGGAUUUUUCGAGUGGCGCCCUCCACCGGCCUAAAUUCCAGGCAACCCAUCAUCAGCGGGUAUCAAUGUCAUCUACUAUUUCGCUUGCUUUUAAACGCGAUAGAUCCGCGUUGUAUCUACCCUCGCCUACUACUGAGGAUAAACCCUAUCCCCGUUACCAUCCCGCCCCGUCACGGAAUGAGAUCGCUGUCGUACAGCCUGUAUUGGUGAAGCACGUCGAAGGGGAGCUAUUGGCAGACGUGGCAUUUCUUCCGAGAUCCUUAAUGACGGCAACGAAAAUUGGUCACGUCAAGCUUUGGAUCCGGCCACUUGCACUGCGACCACGGCAUUUAAAGCCUCACCGCACACGUACAAUAUCUAUCGAUGUGGAUCAAGCUUAAGAUCCAGUGUACCAAUGCUAACUUAUUUCUAUGUUGGUUGGAAAUUGUUGAAA